UGCACAACACCUUCCAGGUCUCCUCCCACCCUAUCACAUAUCCUCAGACAGCUAAAUUCUGAGCCCGAAGCCCCACAUUCCACGUUAACAAAAAUUCCUUUAUAACCAGGGUUUUGGCACACAAUGAAGGAACAGUUGAGAGGACUCUGCAGCAGGAGAGUACAGUGGGACUGCAGCGCAGCCAGCAAAAUGAUCUUCAAAAGUCUAAUACUUUGGGUGCAGUUUUUAAUCCUUUAUGUGUCCUGUGAUUCAGGACCCCUGGAAGAUGUUGUCAUAGACCGUUAUGACAUUCCCAAAAUAUGUCCCAGAGAAGCACAAAUUGGAGAUUUUGUCAGAUAUCAUUACAACGGGACUUUUAAAGAUGGUCAGAAAUUUGACUCCAGGUAUUUCCUUAUUAUUUUAUUUAUUUAUGUAUUCUCAUGCAAGUACUGUUUUUUUAAAUGUAAAAAUAUUUAUUUCAACACUGUAGAACAUUUAUUUUUGAUCAAAAAUGAUGGUUGCUUGAAAAGGUUUAUAACUUUAUGCCAUUGGCUGUUUUAUGCACUCAAACGUUAAUGAUGACAAAUCACUUUUAUUUAUAUAUAAUAUAAUUUUUUUUUUUAAGUUACAUUAAAAUAGCAGCUUUGGGGAUGAAAGAACUACUUCUAUAAUGAUGUGAUUUGCAUUGAUUUAAUUUUGGUUUUCCGCCACCUUUGCUCAAUAAUUUUGUGUUACUCUUAAUUAACCACUAUGUAAAAAAAAAAAAUAUAAAAAUAAAAUAGUUUUUGUUUUGUUAUUCUUCAGUUUCAUUAGUAGGUAGGAAUACUGGAUUGUUUCAAGUUGGUAUGAUGCAUUUUCUGUAUAAUGACAGAGAAAUUAAAUAACUCCAUCCCCUCCCCCUUCCAAAAAAAAAAUGCAAUUUUUAUAUUACUGAAUUUUUUUUUAUUUUUUUUUAACCUUUUUAUAAGAUCUAUUUAACAGUUAAGAUAAAGAUAGGUGGGGUAUGAUUUUUAUUCAUUUUAUAAACUAUACUAUACUAUCAGAUGUGGUGUGUGGUUUUUUUUUUGUUUUUUGUUUUUUUUAAUAUACCUUUUAUUGUAUAUUUCUUUUUUAAUGGAAGCCAUUCCAUUCAGAGAAUCUUUCAAGAGGAAAGUAUAUACAGAUCUUCCAAUCAAAAACGAUUGUAUAUUUAUCUUUAAAAAGCACAACCAUGCACAACUGUAGUUAGUUAAGGAUAAAGUGCUACAGUUGAUACAUAGUUCCUUCUUUCCUAAUCACAGUUACACUUUAUUUUUUUGAGGAACAAGCCUUUGCUACCUUAUCUCAUUCUCCCCAAGUUGUGUAACAAUGAAUAUAGAUUUGAAAUAUACUGUUCCAUAUUAAAUCUGCAUUUUAACCGAAUAUGGUUAAUUCAAAUCGUAAUCCACAAGUACACCAUGUUUUCUAAGACACGUCACUUCCUGUUGGGUGAUGCAUGAAAAGUGUCUCCCUGCACUGUGUAGAAUUGUAUAUUUGAUACAGAGCAUGGUAGCCCUUUUCGUGUAAACCCAACAGUGUAUAGGAAACUUUAAAUACCCCUCACCCUCCCCCCCCAAUAAACCAUGGUGGAUCUGAAAGCCUAACUGGGAUGCAAAAAAUGUAGUUCAAUUAACUAUUCUGCAUGUUUUAUUUUAAUUGUGUUUAAUAAAUGAAUUCUGCCAAUGCAUAAGCAUUAAGGCAAGAAUAAAAUGAGAAUAUAGGUGAUGGGAGCCUGAAUUAUUAUUAUUUAUAUAGCGCCAUCAGAUUCCGAAGCGCUGUACAAUGGGUGGACUAACAUACAUGUAAUUGUAACCAGACAACUGGAUGUAGAGCGUAUGAAUGUGGGACAGCUAGUGAGUGAAUGAAUGAAAAAGCAAACUGGGAAGUAAACUGGAUAAUUGAAUUGAGAUAAAAUAAUAUAUAUAUAUAUUUUUAAGUGUUUUACGAUUUAUGUAUUUUUCAUUCCCCCUCCCCCUCCCCAUGGGUUCUCCAGUCACUUUUGAUGCAGGGUACAUGAGGGUCCUAUAGUAUGAUCUGGGGCCUGUACUGACUGAAAGCCAGUGCAGUUACUAAAGGGGGUGUGUGUUGGGGGUGGGAGUCAGGCCCUCUGUUUGUAGACGUGGCUGGUCCAAGAUGUGUCUUCUGCAGCUCCCAGAAAAUGGUGUCUUAUUAUACAGGAGUUUGUGCUGUAGGGCGUUUAACUUCUCAACAUCACAUUACAUCAUCUGUUUUGUUUGUAAAUAUAUGUACACAUAUUAAAAUGAAUAAAAAUAAGCAAUCAUAUAAAAAUUUAACUUUUUUUUAUUUUUUGUUAAAACAUGAUUUUUUUUGAUUUUUUUUUUAUUUUAAUUUUUUUUAAUUGUGACCACCUACAGGGAAUAGAGCACACACAUGUGCCGGAUCAUAUUACAACACAAAAUACUAUAAGUAAGGAUUCAGCAAAUUAUGACCAGCGGCAUUUCAUUACUUGAGUAUAAUCUGGUCCCUUAAGACAUUAUACCCUUAUGGAAUGUUCUACAUUUUUAGAAUAAGCCAUUAAAGUAACGCAUUGGGCUGUCCAACUUUAGGCUGAGACUGCUCGCAUUAGAGAAGCCAGCAAGCUGUAGUGGUUAUGGUACUUAGACUGCCUCUUUGAAGGGGAAGAAUCAUUUCCCUUGAUAUUUAACAAUAGGUUUAUUUACUACAGUGUGAAUUCUUAGUGAAAUUCAAAUUCAAUGUAAGAAUAGCUAACUCAGAAAAAAGUCUCUAAGUUAGCUAUUCUUUCAGUUACUUUGGUCUUAAAAUUGAAAUUUUCUUUGAAUUCUCACUUGAGUGAAUAACCCUGUAAAAAAAUCAACCUAUUUAUCUUGCUAAUGGGCACUUCCAUCUUGGCUUGCUAUAAACUCUGUUCUUUGCAUCUGGCAGUUCUUUGAGAAAGCAUACAUAGAAUGUGAGUAGAAAUGAAACAAUGUUACAAUUUCUUCUCCUCAUUUACAAUGUGUGCCUUGACUGUGCCAGGCCCGAAUUGGAUUAAGCUGUAACUUGCUAAAUGUACAUAUGGAAAAGGGGAGGGGGGGGGGAGAAUAUGGGAUGAUAUCUCACUUUAAACCAUUUGGUUCACAAAAUAUAAAUAUUUCCCCAGUGACCAUACUACUAUACUACAGUAAUCUGGUCUCCAGAUGCAAUUUUCUCAUGGUUAAUGCAAUAUGUCAGCGUUCAAACAUACAAUGAAUCUGUGCCCUGCAAUCUCUAUGACCGAGUGUUUGAAAACCUCAUUAUAAAAGAAUCCCAAAGCUGGGAGUGUCAACGUGUAAAAACCUGCACAUGUAUUGAAAUAUACCCAGAGGAUAUUACAAGCUCUGUCUUGGGAUGGAUACAGCUUGGGGGGGUGAAGUAAUAAUAGGUCAUGGAUUUCUAAUCUUAUUCAAGAUGACCAAUGACAUUGUCCAGCUCAAACAUGCUUGCUGGGGCCUGUGGGCUUUUUUUUUUUUAAUUUUUAUUUUAUUUUUUACAGGAUAUGAACAGUGGAUUUUAGAAUGCAUGGAUUUAACUCUUCAUUACAAAGUUUUGUGAUGCACAUAUUAAUGCAGUUACUGUAUUCUCUUUACUGCCCAUAGCUACGAUAGAGGAUUGGCAGUUGCUGGAUUUGUUGGUGUCGGAAGGCUGAUCACGGGACUGGACAGGGGGAUUCUGGGUAUGUGCGUGAACGAGAGACGAAAAUUGAUCGUACCGCCACACUUGGGAUAUGGCAGCAUAGGAGUGGGUAAGUACCUCUUUCCCUGUUGACCCAAAUCAUGAUGGGUUUUAUUCCCUAAAUUGGACAUUGAAGUUAUUUAAUUUUUUAUUUAUAUUUUUUUCCUGUCCAUUUUGGCUAAAAUCUGAAAAUUCACUUGAUAAUAUGUGCAGUUCCAUCUUUAAGCCUUCACGUUGUCGUUGUACGGUUUGUUGUUGCUUCCGUUGCAUAGAAGUCCUCUUAUAUCUCCAUAGUGAUAAUGUGUUAAGGACACCAUAUUUCCUCUAGCAAUGUAAAUGUUUAGUCUAUAUAUGCUCUACAUAGCCUUAUCCUAAAACCUGUUCUUUCACUACCUUUUAAAAUUGUGUGGUCUAUUUACUAGCAUGAAGUGGAAGGAUUAAGACCAAAAUGUACUGCUCUACAGAAUUGACUCGAACCAUUCUUACCUGUUCCUUUUUAUCUUUCUCUAGCUGGGAUGAUCCCCGCUGAUGCCACGUUAUUCUUUGACAUUAUCUUGGUUGACAUAUGGAACAAGAAUGACGAGGUGCAAACUACAACCCUAGAAAAGCCCAACGACUGCAACAGGACCGUGCAGGACUCUGACUUUGUGAGAUAUCAUUAUAAUGGCACUCUUUUGGAUGGAACAUUCUUUGACUCCAGGUAACCAUGAACUAAAUUAGCUCGGCCACCUCACAUCUUUAUGGAGUGCUCACAUUUACUGUUAUGGAAUUUCAUUGAAUUCUAUUGCAACCCAAGGAUAUCCUAUGAUAAAGUAGAAAUUACUUUGUCUUAUGGUAAAGACCAAGUUUGACAAAUUAAGAGAGGCUGAGCAUCUGCCGUCAAGCUUCGUCUAUUACCCCAGCUCCUUGUUAUCAAUGGAUUUGGGAAUCCGACAUCGUCUCAAAAGACUUAAUCCAGGGAAGCUCCCACGGUGUUAAGGGAUCAUUCAUAGGCAACAGUGUUCUAUUCUCUGAUGUAUCCCCAGGCCUCUGCACCCCAAGCAUUGAUGUCACCUUAGGGGGUCUUUGCAGAAUACGCAAAGAACCUUGAAGGUGACAGAACCACUUUAGAGUACGUCAUUCAAGGUAUGGGACGACCCUAAAUUCUAAUGGGUCAUCACUACGCCAGGGGCAGUUUUACCAUACACAACAAGGUCAUCUUUCUUCUCUGUAAAUCUAAAGUCAUUCAGGAGAAUUCUAAUAGCCAACAUAUACAGAUACUCUCUAAUGAUGCGUUUCGUGUAUUAGCUUUUGGCAUCACUAUGUAAUGAAUUUAUUUUAGAACACACGUAUAAAUCAAUUAUAGAAUGAUGGAGAGUUGCCUUCGAAGAUGCACUAUUUCAAGUCUUGCUUGGAAAAAGGUCAGGAAAAACUGUGUAGUGUUAUUUGCAUACUUCAAAAGUUAACUGUAAAUCCAAACCUAUAUUUGGCUGCUUGCAGUCUGAUGGCUGAAAAGUCUAAAAUGAAAUUAAUGUUGUAAUAGAAUCAAACCCAUUGGCUUUGCAACAGGAUGUGAGCUGGUAAAAAAAAAUUUGCCUUUUGUUUUUUUUGCAGUUACAGUAGAUCAUCUACGUAUAAUACGUACGUGGGGUCAGGUUGGCUGAUUAAAGGCAUGGAUCAAGGUUUGAUUGGAAUGUGCCCUGGAGAGAGAAGGAAAAUCAUUGUUCCACCAUUCCUAGGUUACGGAGAAAAGGGAUACGGUAACUAUUAGAAGAAUAUUUUAGCCCACACAAGCUAGACUUUCAAACUGAACUCUUGACUGAGUUCAUAUUCAAAUCUUCAAAAAAGACUUGAGUGCACAUCCCUAAAUUAGCCGAUGUGCAGAAAUGCCUGCCUCACCAACAUUUUGUGACUUGGUCCUCCAGGUACAGUGAGAUCGUGUGUCUUUCUAUCCCAUAAUCUAGGAUCGAAAGACACAUAUUUAAAGCCUUAUUGUUGACAUGUUGACUGUUCUUCAAGAUUGUGUCUCUGCUUGUUCGCAGGAACGGUCAUACCACCACAGUCCACUCUGGUGUUUCAUGUCAUACUGAUAGACGUUCACAACCCCAAAGAUGGGAUCACUCUUAAGAACCAGGUCGUUCCCAAGAUUUGUAAUCGUAAGGCCGUCACAGGAGAUUAUGUCCGCUAUCAUUACAAUGGCACACUUAUGGAUGGAGUAUUAUUUGAUUCCAGGUAAGUGAGACCACAACAUUACACCCAUCUGUAAAUUCCUUCAAGUGAAGGUUCUAAAAUGGUGUAAAUUUUUGUGGUUUUAGAAUUGAGGAAUUUUACGUGUAUACAUGCUGGUUUGUCUUCAGUGGGUUUUGAGAACUGUGGUCUUCCCAUACGAUUCAAUUCUGUUACAAAAACUUUUCAGAUUUAUCUACAAAAGUCACCAUUCAAGUCUCUACGAGGAUUUUUCUAGAAAAAUCAUUGGAGUUUUGAAUCUGUUAGAAAACUUAUCAAAGCGAGGCUUAUGUCCACAAUUGGGGAAAUGGAGCGGGAAAUGACUUGUAUGUGCAACUAUGACAAAUGUAUUCUCUGGUUGGUUUUGUAGUUAUUCCAGGAACAGUACAUAUAACACCUAUAUCGGCAUGGGGUACAUCAUUCAAGGGAUGGAUGCAGGUCUACAAGGUGUCUGUAUAGGGGAGAAGAGAAGAAUUAUUAUCCCACCACACUUGGGAUAUGGGGAGACUGGUGUAGGUAAGAUAAUUUGAAUGAUCAUCUUAUAAUUAUUUUUGUAUUUGUGUGGGGCAUAUAAAAUGGAAAUUGUAAUGGUAGACAAAACCCAAGUAGCUCAUUUAAUCGACAUGUUUUUAGUCCAAAAAUCUUAGACUUUAUUUAGUUUCCUAUCUCAGGAUAUUUUGCACACACUAUUUCCAUAAUUUGGUAGAAGAUAUUGCAGAGAGAAUUACUACUUCAAUGAUAUGAUUUAAGCCUUUCAUGAAAAGGUGUACGUAUUUCUGGAAUUUCAUAUCAAAUCUCCAUAGAUAAAUUGACAAACAAAUUCUGUACUUUGCUAAUAGGUACACUAUAUUUUAUGGUUUUUUUUGGGGGGGUUUUUUUCCUCUUGAUUUUAAUAUGAAAUGAAAAGACCCCUUUUCACAAGACUCUGAAUCCUAUCAUUUGAGUAGUCCUUUAUCUUUUUGGUGUUUUUAUGGUAGAAGAGACACUAUUUCCACUCCUUCUACAAAGAGCACAACUCAAAUUAUCCAACCACCUCCUGAUUUUUGUGAAUAAAAAUGUACUACUAUGAAACUUUGCAAAAUCCACAUACUUUAGACGACAAACUUUUAUCUUCUAUCAGCUAACAGUAUUCCUGGAUCAGCAGUGUUGGUUUUUGAUGUUCACAUUAUCGAUUUCCACAAUCCAAAGGACUCUGUGGAGAUAGAGGUCACGUACAAACCAGAAGUGUGCAAUAUUACCUCCAAAAAGGGGGACUACAUUAAGUAUCAUUACAACUGCUCUCUUUUGGAUGGGACUCUGCUCUUCUCAUCGUGAGUAUCUGAUAUGUCUUGUCUUGUCUGUCUUCCCAUCCAACCAAAGCUUUUUAAUCCGUCCUCGCACACUACUGUUACACGUCAACUUCUCAGUUGUCUUUGAAUCCAUCCACACGUCAUGUCCAUCUGAAGUCCAGAUGUGCAGCUUACCAUUUCGUUGGCCAUUUAGUUAUUUUGAGGACCAUCUGGUGUCAAGUUAAGCCGUUUACUGCAUUCUAGGUUCCUAAUAGGGGCAGACUGUGAGGAAACCAUACACCAUGGAAAGUGGAGCAAUUUGCUUCACCUGGUCACUGUGACAAAAGGCUAGAACUUUAAAUCUUUAUGUUUACUAGAGGUACACUUUGUAUGCAUCACUUCACGCAUGCCAGUCUUUGGUUUGUUCUUUUGUUUUUAAAAGGUUAACACCUUGUCAAAUGGUGAUGCACCAUGACAUUAUAUACAUGCGAUAAUGUAUAUUGUUUGCAAAACUAUGAAGAAGAAAAAAAAAGGGGUGAUAUUGAGCGUUGCACCAUGCAUUUUCUUGAGAUAAUUGCCGAUGGGCACGGGUUAAGUAGACCAAAAAUACAGGCAUCUAGGUCAGUAUUCUGAAACCUCCCUACACUCUUAAUCCUUCAUUUUACCAAUUACCACUGAAAGACGUUUAUGUAUAUUUUCGAUCCAAGGAAAUAUAUUGUGUAUUUGUUUCAAAGUUAUGGAUCUGAUGAACCAAGUGAUCCCUAAUGGAUAUUUAUUUUUUUGUAUUUCAGGCACGACCAUGAUAAUAUGCAGCAAGUUACCCUUGGGAGAAACAAAGUUAUUGACGGUCUAGACACUGGUCUACAGGGAAUGUGCGUUGGAGAGCGAAGGACCGUCCGUGUCCCUCCACACUUGGCACACGGCGAAAGUGGAGGUGUGGGCACUAUAAAUCUAAACCUAUCAUUUAACAAGGAAACAAGGGAACAUGAGGCUGGGCUUUACUCCAUAUUUAGUCCCCCUUUCUCCAUACUGUCUGUAAAAGUACAGUCACUGUGUGAAGAAAUAGAUCGUUAAAGGAGAGAGAAACCAUAAUAGGGAUAUUUAUCAAAGAGUGUCAUUUUGAUCGAAUAGUGGCACAGGUGAUUCGGGGAUUGAGGGGUUAAACGUAGUCUGAACGUAGUAGCCCACUCUUCUCACCCAGUGUCACUGUAGUGACAACACCCCCAACUCCUCGAUAAUCAACUAAUGAGGUCUGACGUUUCGGUUUAAACUUUCUAACCAAAACGUCUAAGUACAGUCCGAAUAAAAUAAAUAAAGAGGGUGGCUAUACUAAGCGGAAAGUCACAGCUGCAGCAUCGUCCCUGUCCCUAUUUUAGUGGAGGGUGGAGGUGUUGGACAGGGACGAUGCUGCAGCUGUGACUUUCCGCUUAGUAUAGCCACCCUCUUUAUUUAUCUUAUUCGAACUGUACUUAGACGUUUUGGUUAGAAAGUUUAAACCGAAACGUCAGACCUCAUUAGUUGAUUAUCGAGGAGUUGGGGGCGUUUGUCACUACGGUGAUACUGGGUUACUACGUUCAGACCACGCUUUAAUCCCCCAAUCCCCGCAUCACCUGUGCCACUAUUCGAUCAAAGUGACACUCUUUGAUAAAUAUCCAUAUUAUGGUUUCUCUCUCCUCUAACGAUCUCUUUCUUCACACAGUGACUGUGCUUUUUUCGUUUUUAAAUAUUUUAUUAAGUUUAUAUUUUAUCAGAUUAUGGGUUGCUGAAAUUGUACUAGUAACCUGUAGGUUUAAUACCUAGAUUUGUUUUCUUGUACCUCUUCUUUUUAGUUAGUUAUCUUUUGUUAGAGCAACAGGAGAGGCUGCUGACUUUGAAGUCCUCAUUACUUAAGACUUGUGUCCAAACAGGUGAAUUUGAUAAGAAGCACUUGGGGGGCCUGUGUGGCAAUUCCAGUGACCUGCCUAUCCAAUGUAUUGAAUCCAAUGCAUCUCUAUGACAAACACUCAUGACUGCUUAAAAGCCAGUUGUUGUUAAGUGCAGAUUUACUUUGAAAUCGGUUACAUUGUUAAAAUAAGGCAGAAGGGACCUGAAGCUUACAUCUAAUGCACUUCAGCAAGCUAAACUUUUCCAAACUCCCCCACUUCAAUCAAGUUACAUUGCCUUGCUACAUUCUUCUUAAAAUGUAUUUAGUUAAAAAUAAGGUCGCAUAAAUUACCAUCAAGAUGCAAGGCUAUAGUAAAUACUAUUUGCCUAGACUUGUUAGCUCCAUUAAAAAAGGAAAAAUCUGCUACUGCAGGAGCUAUUAUUAAAGACAGCAACCAGUCUAUUUUGAAACUGUCUAUAGAACAGGAAAGGAAACUAAUAGUGUCCUUGAGAUGUGUUUUAACAUCUAUGGCGUAUGUAAUUAUGAUAAGAUUCUCACUGCGAAUAUUGAGAGAACCAAAGACAAUCUGAUCUCAUUCUGAUAAAAGGAAACAUGAUGCAUUGUAUCUAAUGUUAAGACUGUAUAAUUAAAGGGACACAAUAGUCACCAAAACAACUUCAGCUUAACGAGGCAGUUUUGGUGUAUCGAUCACGCCCCUGCAGUUUCACUGCUCAGUUCUCUGCCAUUUAGGAGUUAAAUCACACUGUUUAUGCUGCCCAAGGCGCACCUCCCUACAUGUGACUUACACAGCCUUCCUGUAAAGAGUCAUCUAAUGUUUACACUUCCUUUAUUGGAAAUUCUGUUUUUAAUUUAGAAUUUAUCUCCUGCUCUGUUACUAGCUUGCUAGACCUUUCAGGAGCAUUCUGUAUACAAAUAAAGUUCAAUUUACAGAGCAGGAAAUAAACUUAUUAAACCAAGUUACAUCUGAUUGAAGAAAAAACAUUUUUUUUCACGCAGGCUGUGUCUGUCACAGCCAGGGGAGGUGUGGCUAGGGCAGCAUGGACAGACACAAGUGAUUUAACUCCUAAAUGGCAGAUAAUUGAGCAGUGAAACUGCAGGGGCAUGAUCUAUACACUAACACAGCUUCAUUAAGCUAAAGAUGUUUUGGUGAAUAUAGCAUCCCUUUUAAGCAGAUUUAUUUUCUUCAUUUUGCUUCCAUUCUGAUUGGCUAGUGUUCACUUUACUUUAAAAAAAAUAAAAUGGUUUUCUGUAUUGAAUGAACAAAGGUUUGGGGAGUACCCUGCACCUAUUCUCUAAGUUUAUUGGCUUGCAAUUGCAGCAGUCUGUAAAAGCCAGUCCCCUGGCUCUGACACUGCACAGAAGAAAUUAAAACAUUUCCUCUUACGGUGUCAAUCUUACACCAGAAUCUGCUUGUGGACACUAUAUGCAUACAUAGAAAGAAUUGUUCUUGUUUGCAUACGUGGUCAGUGUCUCAUUUAAUCACUGCAACAACCUGGUUAGAAAAAACGGAAUGACUGUCUCAUCGUAUAGCGAGGGAACUGUGGUUGGGGCAUAAACUACUUAUCAUUUAAAUUCCUCCUGAUAUGGAGCACCGUUACGGUCAGGGAGGUGUCUGUUUGUAGCUACAGACAACUUUGCUCAACUGUGCAGCUGCAGGAACAAAAGUGAAUAUUUAUGUAGAUCUAAUUUUAUUUUUAUAUAAUGCAUACAAAAUAUGACACUGACAUUUCUUUUCCGAUCAGCUUUGUAUUUUAAAAAGUAAAAUGGCAUUUCAUCAAAAUGUCAAGGGACAUUUAAUAUAACUUUUACUGUUCUAAAAGGUAUUAUGUAAAAGUUAUGAAAUUCUAUUCAUAAAUCCCUUAAAGUCCAACUGGAAACAUAUUGUAACUUUAAAUGUUUUUUUUGUUUUUUUACAAUUUCAAACUUUUAAAAGCUAAAAACUUACAUUUCUGCUACUCUGACUCUCAAAGUGUGUGUGCGUGUUCUGUAAUCUUAACGUCUUAAUGUUAAUUUUAGCUCGUGGAGUACCAUCAAGUGCUGUGCUACAUUUCGAACUGGAACUGCUCCAUUUGGAAGAAGGUGUCCCAGAAGGAUAUCUGUUUAUCUGGUUGGAAGACACUCCUGAUAACCUUUUUGAAGCUAUGGACCUGGACAAGAAUGAAGAGGUUCCUUUGGAAGAGGUAUUUUAACGAACCUUCAUAUGAAAUUUCUCAUCAGACUGCACGAAUUGCAUUCAAGUCAUCAUUUCCAAUGUACAAAUUGCCAAGUCUAAUGGGUCAUCUUAGCCAUGAUAAGAACUGUACCGAGAUUGGGGCGAGGUGGGGAUGGAUUUGUACAGUAAUUCAGUUUAGCGAGUAAACCUUGUGAAUUGCAAUUUCUAAUGUCAAUACUUUACCAAGCUUUUUGUGCUUUCAUUUCUAGUUCUCUACCUUUCUCAAGACUCAAGCUUCCGAAGGGAAGGGACGUUUCGUGCCAGGAGUGGAACCUGAUCAGUCCAUUGAAGAUAUGUUUGUAAAUCAGGACAGAAAUAAGGAUGGGAAGAUAACUCCAGAUGAGCUGAAACUGAAGAACGAUGAAGAUGCAGGGAAUGUUCAUGAAGAACUUUAGACUGCUUUGGACUGAUUGAGUAAGGAGGCCCCUUGAAGCCUAAGAAAGUCAGCCUAGUUGAUGAUGCGUCCAACUGAACCAUGGUGCCUUAUUCAUGCUAAAGCUCUGCACUGGGCUGGCUUCUGUUGCUGCUCCACCUUAUUACAGAAAGUGUGAAAUGCACCAUUUUUUUUUUUACUUGUGUUGCAUCCACUGGCUGUGAACAGGAGGACAUGGCAGCUAUACAGAAUAUUAUCCACUACGGUGGAGAAAACAUGCUCCAAAAUUUUCUUUACAAAUUAGGAAAGUGCUUGUGGCUUGCGUUAUUCAUUUAGCAACUCAAUCAAAUUUUUAUUUUUAAAAUAUUUUUACCAAUACCCACCUGGUUUUGUGCCCACACUUUUUUUUUAUUUUAUUUUCUAAAAAGUAAAACAUUUUACUUUGUUUAAAUUUUUUAUUGUCAUUAAAUCCUCUAAUUUAAUUGACCUGUAGUGGUAAUUAAUCACUACAGUUGAAUUUAUCAUCACUCACAAAUUUCGUAUGGUAAAACACUGGUGUUCUCCACCUUUCAACCGUGUCUACUAUUUAAUUCAGUCAUCAUUUUUGAUUGAACCAAAAACACAGUUCUACUUUUUUUCUCACGAGAGGAUGUAAAUGUUUUUUUCAGUUGUAAGAAAUGGGAAUUUCCGUUAAUAAAAACACAUUUUUUGAAUA